AUAGUUCGGUUCGGCAGCAGUAAAAUUGACACAGAUCUGAUUAAUCGAAUAGAAAGAGCCAUUGGGCAAAAACCUCACCGCUUUCUACGUAGAGGAAUCUUUUUUUCUCACAGAGAUAUGGACCAAAUCCUUGAUGCUUAUGAAAAUAAGAAGUCCUUUUACCUUUAUACAGGCAGAGGGCCGUCCUCUCAGGCAAUGCAUGUUGGUCAUCUUAUCCCAUUUAUAUUCACAAAGUGGCUGCAAGAAGUAUUUGAUGUUCCCUUAGUUAUACAGUUAACUGACGAUGAGAAAUACCUUUGGAAAGACCUGACAACUGAAAAGGCAUAUGAGUAUGCUAGAGAAAAUGCAAAAGACAUCAUUGCAUGUGGUUUUGACAUGAAUAAAACCUUUAUAUUUUCUGAUUUAGACUAUUUGGGGACAAGUACUGGAUUCUACAGAAACAUUGUCAAAGUUCAGAAGCAUGUUACAUUUAAUCAAGUGAAAGGAAUCUUUGGCUUUACAGACAGUGAUUGCAUUGGAAAGAUCAGCUUUCCUGCUAUUCAAGCCGCUCCAUCCUUCAGUUCAUCAUUUCCACAGAUCUUCAAUGGCAAAGAGAACAUUCAGUGUCUUAUCCCAUGUGCUAUAGAUCAGGAUCCUUACUUUAGAAUGACCCGGGAUGUAGCACCUAGAAUUGGACAGCCUAAACCAGCCUUAUUGCACUCGGUCUUCUUCCCAGCCCUGCAAGGAGCGCAGACAAAAAUGAGUGCUAGUGACCCGAAUUCCUCCAUCUUCCUCACUGAUACACCCAAACAAAUCAAGACAAAGAUUAACAAGCAUGCCUUCUCAGGAGGCAGAGAUACUAUUGAAGAGCACAGGAAGUACGGAGGUAACUGUGAUGUUGACGUGUCUUUUAUGUACUUGACCUUCUUCCUGGAAGAUGAUGACAGGCUUGAACAACUGAAGCAGGCAUACACAAGUGGGGAAUUGCUCACGGGGGAGCUGAAGAAGGUUCUUAUUGAAACAUUGCAGCCCUUGAUAGCAGCUCAUCAAGAGAGACGGAAGCAGGUCACAGAUGAAAUGGUGAAGCAAUUCAUGACUCCGCGGAAGCUAGCUUUUGAAUUUUGAAGACAUGUGGAUGUAACUUACCACUUGAUUAACCAAAAUUGAGUAAUUGUUGUCUUCUGUCAUGUGUCAUCACUCCCUAGAUAUGUACAGCCUCAAUUAGUGCUUUACAAAUACUGCUUUUAAUGAGUUAAAUUAUAAAGACUGUCAGAGCGCAGGAAAAGUUUAAAACAGGACUUAUGCCUAUUUAAAAUCAGAAAUAUACAAGAGACAGAAUUGGCCAGUCUUGCAGAAAAGCAUGUCUGUCAGCAUAAAACUGUAUUUUAUUGUAUUUAAUGUUGAAAAUAGAAAUAAAACUCCCAUUUUGAUGAUAAA